AGCUGGACCUUCACCUCGUCACAGCAACAAGCACACCUCGCAAUGACGACCCGUGCUGGGCGUCCUUCCCCUGAGGCUGUUAUCUCAAAAUUUGAGGUCGACAGAUUGCUUAAGCAAGACCAAAGCGGUCGCCGCAUAGCUAUUCUCGGAACCAUCGACGAAAAGCAGGGCAUACUCAUCGCCGAACGCGCGGCUUUCGCAACCGAAACCCCCGAAGUCCUCAAAGCCUUCCAUGCCGCGAUCACGCAAGUCACCAACCUAGGCGACAAUGACAUCUAUCGGUGGUAUCUAGCAUCAUCCGGCGCUGAGGCAGGAGGCCAACAGCCCCCGGAUCUUAAGCUGAAUCUCAUCUGGCCCUGCACGGAAUCACACAUCAAGAAGUACUCAGAGCAAGUGGUUCGCAUGGUCACCGAGACGCCGGAGAUCUAUCGCGAACACAUUCGACCGUAUAUGAGCGCGAAGCGCGAGGAAGGUCGGUUGAAUUGGGUGUUUAAUAUCCUCGAGGGUCGAACGGAACAGGAAGAUGUGAUCCUGCGCGACGAGGGACACGGUGCGGAUGAUGGGUUCUUGAUGCUGCCCGAUCUCAACUGGGACCGGAAGACCAUGGGAUCGCUACACUUGCUGGCCUUGGUACAGCGGCGGGAUAUAUGGAGCUUGCGCGAUCUUAAGAAGAAACACAUUCCGUGGUUGAAGUACCUGCGGCAGCGGCUGCUCGAAGGAACUGUGAAAAUGUAUCCGGAACUGGAUCAGGACCAGUUAAAGCUAUAUGUGCACUAUCAGCCAACAUACUAUCAUUUUCAUAUUCACGUCGUCAACGUCAUGCUAGAAGCCGGUGCUACACAGGCUACCGGGAAAGCAUUCGGAUUGGAGAAUAUUAUUUCGCAGCUAGAGACUCUGUCGGGCGAUGAGGACGCGAGCAUGGCGGACGUUAGUCUGACCUACUUCUUGGGUGAAGCCAGUGAGCUGUGGACGAACGUCUACGGACCAUUGAAGAAGGGGAUAAACCUCGAGCCGAAUAAAAUGAGAUAA